AUGUGGGCGACUGGCGGUGUGGUCUGCUCGCCAUUCUAUCGUAUUCUCACCACUUGUUGUCCAAUUCGCCGAAGUGGGACCAGUUCGGCGAGUCGUUACCAAGCUGCUGCUCAUAAGACCGUUGGCAUCAACGACGUGCCGCCAUUCACGUCAAAAACGCUCAAUGUUCAACCGGAAGCCAACGGAGGCGCAGCUGUCGACAUAUGCGAGUAUGGCGAGAUACGGCUACGCCUUGAAUACGACUUCGCUCAGAAUAAGUUGUCCGUGACAAUACUCGACGCUCACCGACUUCCCGCAAUGGACCGGAAUGGCAUGUCCGAUCCCUACGUGAAACUGUGUAUUCUACCGGAACGAAAGCAGAAGUACGAGACGAAAAUCAUACGAAACUCACUGAAUCCUGUCUACAACGAGACCUUUCUUUUUUCUUUGCCAUUCAACGAGCUGCAAUCGAAAACACUCAUGCUGACCGUCUACGACUACGAUCGAUUGUCGAAAGAUGACAAGAUGGGCGAAUUAUCGAUCCCACUGGAAACGAUCGACUUCGGUACCACCACGGAGAUUUGUCGAUAUCUAUGUAAACCGGAGAACGACGACGACAGAGAGUCCCGACUUGGGGACAUUUGCUUUUCGACGAGGUAUCGACCGGCAACCGGCACCGUCACUUUGACCAUAAUGGAAGCUCGGAAUCUGAAGAAAAUGGAUGUCGGAGGCUCUUCG